AUGGCAUCUCUUUCUAGUCCAUUGCGAGUGGUUUUGUGCGGACGGACAACCGCCAUCGGAAAGCCCGUUGCUGAGGCUCUCCUGCCCGACUACGAGGUCAUUCACUUCAUCCAAACCAACGAGGCCGUCCUGGCCGAGCUUCCCCACCUCCUCGCAGGCCGCGAUCCCCAAGCCGCCAAUGCCAAUGACGUCGGCUCGCACGACUACAGCCAUCCCGCCCGCGCCGUGAUCUUCGGUCGUGGAUAUGAGCUGGAAGACAUUGAGAAAUUCCGCAAAGCUGCGGCUGGUAGUGCUGCUGAUCCUGUUGCUUGGAUCGUGGGUGACCCGGCCAAGAAGAUUGACAUGAGUGGCCCGCCUCCUGGACCUGGAUAUGCCAGGGUUGCGGCGGACCUCGCCAGGACGAAGCUGGAGGAGUGGAAGGCAAGUGGUGCUGAGAAGGAUGAGGUUUACAUGUACUGA